AUGAAUAAAAAAGAAGAAAAUAAACCACCAAAUAAAAAGCUUAUCCUCCAUUUCGAUAUAAACAGAACAAUAUUAUUAGGAGAUAAAGUAAAAGGUGUUUCUAAAGAUGAACAUCUUCAUUAAAUACUUGCUGGUUAUUCUUGGGGAAGACUUGAAUAAAAAGAUGAAAAGUCCCCUGUUUAAUGGAAAUUAUAUCAUCCGCAUUACAGUAUCUAACAACCUGAAAAAGACAUGCUUAGUUAUAAGUUAAAUAUUAAAAAAAAAAUACAUUUAAAAAUAAAUAGAUAAUAUGCUGAAACUGUAUAUCCUUUAAAAACAAAAGAAGAGGAAUAGAAUCAUGAAAAUUUGAUAAAGAAUAAUGAUUUUAUGAUUUAGAACAGAAAUAAUUUAUACUUAAAUUUCGUCAAAACAGGAAUGCCAGGAAUUAAACUAAAACCUGAAUAUGAUCGAAUAAUUAAAUCAGUUACAUUACCAAAGACAGCAAAAUUAUAAGAAGAAGACUAAGGAGGAUAAUUUAGUUAAUAAGCAUUUUAACAUAAUGAUGAAGAAAAAAUAAUCGAUUUAUUAUCAGAUGGUAGAUAUUUUAUAAUACCAAGCUUUUUUAGAACUAUGAUUAACCUAAAGAAACAAAAAAGAGAAUUUGCAAUAAUAUUCAGAACUUUUGGGGAAGACAUCAAUGAUGUAGUUAAAGAAUUAAACAGUUUUUGUGCUGGAGAGCACCCAUGUUUUAAUGGUAGAAACGGAACUGUUUUAGUAAAAUUCGAUGGAUCAAAAAACAACAAAAACUAUAAAAUUAAAAAUUCACAUUUAGGUAGCUUUUAUAGACCUUAAGAUAAUGUAGAAGAGUGUACUUUAAUUUUGGGGACAUCAAAAAAAUUAUAACCAGGGAUUACUGAUUUGGAAUAAUUUUAUUAAAAUGAAAUUACAAAAUAAUAAGUUAAAUUUUAUAAAGGAAGUCAUUAAAUAUAUACUAUUACUUAAGAAUUAUUAAAAGAAAGUUGCGCUAUAGCAAUUAUUGAUGAUUGGUAUAAUUGGAAUAAAAAUGGUGAAAAAUAUAACUUUUCGAAAACUUUAUUUAUUGAUUAAACUGAUUAUUUAACUUAACAUAUAUUCUUUGAUGAUAAUAUAACUGAAGAUGAUUAAUGUAUUGUAGAUACUAUUGAUGCAGUUAAAGGAACAAGAAUUCCAAUUAAAAAAUCAAUAAAUAAGUAUCUUGUAAGAGUUAAUAUGCUAGAUGUUUUAAAAGACCCUGAUUUUUUUUUAAAAUCAAUAGAAUUAUGUGAAAAAUAAAGAGCAGAAGAAAUUGAAAGAAUUGAAAAAUAAAUACCUUUUCCUAUUGUUUCAUUUGAGGAUAGUCAACAUGAAUAAUAAUAUAAAAAGUCUGAAUUCGAAUAAAUGUAAGAACUUGACGAUACUAAUUAUUUGAGAAGAGCUAUUGUUCCUUUAUUAUUACCUGCUUUAAAAUUAUGUGAUUAAGAAAGACCAGAAGACCCUAUUUCGCUUAUUGCACUUUAUUGUUUAAAAAAUAAGGAUAAAAUAAAAAUUCCUGUACCACCACCUGAAUAUUUUGAAAAAGAUAAAUAAAAAGAAGAAAAAGAAUAAAAUAAAAAUUAAGAAGUUGUUUGA